AUGACGGAUGCAAUGACUGAAGGAACUGGUCUCAAGAGCGGCGACGAUAGGGGUGUAGGUGGAAACGCCUCUCAUGGGUUGGGCAACACCUUGACAAUUGGUCUUGGCGAUUCUGCUGGCGCAACAGAGGGUUUGGGCAACGCCUUUAAUGCAUAUGAUGAAGGUGCUGAAGGAGAUCUAGGCAGCACCAGCUAUAGCCUAGGUUUCCUGGAUGAGGACAGAGCCCAUGGCGGGCAUGAGGCGAUGAUGUCAGUUGCUGUGGGCGAUGCCACCUGUAGCACCAAAGCAAUGAUGGCCCAUGCAGUGGGUGACGUUAAGGCCACACAGGCAGGGGGUGAUGCCAAAGGGAGAAAAAACAUUGGAGGUGCCCUUGCAGAGCUUUAG